CUUCGGGACGGCCCACGCCGCGCGACUCCGCGACCGGGGCCGCCCGAGGGCCGCGCGCAGCCGGGUCAGACGCCCCGCGUCGCCGGGGCAGCCGCACCUGAGCCCCCAGCUCCGGCCCAGCGGCGGCGCCGGAAGCGCGGGCGGAUCGCGCGCGCUCGCGGAGGGCAGCCUGAGCCCGCGGGGUGGGGGACGAGAGCCGCAAAGCGGGUGGCCGCGUCCCGCCUCACUCCGGCGCGGGCGACGACCUGCCAGUCGCCCCUUCCUUCCCCCCACCCCUCACUGCCCCUCCUGGCCCGGCCCCGAGCACCCCAGCGCCGGCGCUCAGGCAGACCCAACUUCCUCAGCCUUGAACUCCACUCCAAGUUCUCCGCGAGGAGGAACCUGCCGCCCGCCCCCUCGCUCACGGGAUCCGCACUUGAACUCCGCGGCGCCGGGGUCCACCUUGCGCCGCCCCGCGCGCGGGUGAGGAGCAGCUGCCCGGAAGCCCCGAUGAACUCUCCAGAAAGGGCGUGAAAGAGGGGUCCGGCCGCCGCGCGCCGCCCGGGCGCCAGGGGUCCCCGCGGUGGAGAUCGGAGCGGCAGAGCGAGGGGGAGCGGCUGAGGAGGACCGAGCGGCCCCUGGGCACCUCUGGCAGUAAUGCCAACAUCGAGAGGUAAACCUCACAUUUGGGCGGUGUGAAGGGCAGGGCUUCAAAAAUGGGGAAAACGUGUUUUCGAUUCAAAUUAAACAAGGAGUAACAGGCACCGCUGCUGCUCCGUCCAGGGCCCUGGCCCUGCCAAGCAAGAGCUCUCCGCCAUCAACACCUGGGGGCCUGGAAGGAUGUUUCACACAGGUCCAAUGUGGAACUGCCAUUGGAAAUGGAAGCUGAGUUCCUUUCUGUUCCUAUUUGCUUUGUGCAUCAUUUGUGUUGCUCACUCAGCAUGGGGAUGUGCCAACUGCAGGGUCGUCCUGUCCAGCCCUUCUGGGACCUUCGCUUCUCCAUGUUACCCUCAUGACUACCCUAACAGCCAGGCUUGCUUGUGGACCCUCCGAGCCCCCACCGGCUACAUCAUCCAGAUAACCUUUAAUGACUUUGACAUUGAAGAAGCUCCCAAUUGCAUUUAUGACUCAUUAUCCCUCGAUAAUGGGGAGAGCCAGACUAAAUUUUGUGGAGCAACUGCCAAAGGCCUAUCAUUUAACUCAAGUGCGAAUGAGAUGCGUGUGUCCUUUUCAAGUGACUUUAGCAUCCAGAAGAAAGGUUUCAAUGCCAGCUACAUCAGAGUUGCUGUGUCCUUAAGGAAUCAAAAGGUCAUUUUGCCCCAGACCCUAGAUGCCUACCAGGUAUCUGUUGCAAAAAGUAUCUCCAUUCCAGAGCUCAGUGCUUUCACAUUCUGCUUUGAAGCAAUCAAAGCUGGAAAUGAAGACAAUGACUGGACAGCUUUCUCCUACUCAAAUGCAUCCUUUGCACAAUUGCUCAGUUUUGGAAAGGCCAAGAGUGACUACUUUCUAACUAUUUCUGGCUCAAAAUGCUCACUGAGCAGCGUGCUACCUGUCAAAGAGAAAGAAGACAUUUUCACAGAAAGCUUUGAGCAGCUCUGCAUUGUUUGGAAUAAUUCUUUGGGCUCUGUUGGUGUAAGUUUCAAAAGAAACUACGAAACAGUUCGCUGUGACUCUACCAUUAGUAAAGUUAUUCCUGGGAAUGGGAAAUUGUUGUUGGGCUCCAAUCGGAAUGAAAUUGCCUCUCUAAAAGGGGACAUUUAUAACUUUCGACUUUGGAAUUUUACCAUGGGUUCCAAAAUCCUCUCCAACCUCAGCUGUAAUGUGAAAGGGAAUGUGGUCGACUGGGAAAAUGACUUUUGGAAUAUCCCGACCAUAGCUCUGAAAGCUGAAAGUAACCUCAGUUGUGGUUCCUACCUGAUCCCGCUCCCAGCCGCAGAACUAGCCAACUGUGCAGAUCUGGGGACCCUUUGUCAAGCUACUGUAAGCUCUCCUAGUACUACAUCACCCAUUGUCACCACUAACAUGCCUGUUACUAAUAGAAUCGAUAAACAAAAGAAUGAUGGAAUUAUGUAUAGAAUAUCGAUAGUGAUUCAAAACAGCCUUCAUCACCCUGAGGUAAAAGUACAGAGCAAGGUUGCAGAAUGGCUCAAUUCAACUUUCCAGAAUUGGAACUACACUGUUUAUGUAAUUAAUAUCAGUUUUCACCAGAGCAUGGGAGAAGACAACAUUAAAGUCAAGAGAAGCAUUGUGAAUGAUCAAAGGAUGGUGAUUUGGGCCCUUCUAGUUUACAACGCUACCAACAAUGCCAGUUUAGAAGGAAAAACCAUUCAGCAGAAGCUCUUAAAAAAUAACGAGUCUCUGGAUGAGGGCUUGAAGCUGUAUACAGUGAACGUGAGACAACUGGGUGUGUGCGCUGCCCUAGAGGAACCCAAAGGCUUUCACUGGCCAUCCAUUGCACCUUCUGAGUAUAGCCUUUCCUGUCCAGAUAAGCCUGGCUUUUCUGUAUCACGGAUAUGCUAUCCCAGCUCUUCCAACACAUCUUUGGCUUACUGGGGGCCUCUUGAUAUCUCCAACUGUUCAAGGGAAGCAAAUGAAGUUGCCAGUGAGAUUUUAAAUUUAACUGCUGAUGGACAGAACUUAACCUCAGCCAAUAUCACUAGCAUUGUGGAACAGGUCAAAAGAAUUGUGAACAAAGAAGAAAACAUUGAUGUAACACUUGGCUCAACUCUAAUGAAUAUAUUUUCUAAUAUCUUAAGCAAUUCAGACAGUGACUUGCUUGAGUCUUCUUCUGAAGCUUUAAAAACAAUAGAUGAGUUGGCCUUCAAGAUAGACUUAAACAGCACGCCACAUGUGAACAUCGCAACGCGGAACCUGGCUCUUGGAGUAUCAUCCGUAUCCCCAGGGACAAAUGUAAUUUCAAAUUUUAGCAUUGGGCUUCCAAGCAAUAAUGAAUCAUAUUUCCAGAUGGAUUUUGAGAGUGGACAAGUGGAUCCAUUGGCUUCUGUCAUUUUGCCUCCAAACUUACUCGAAAAUUUAAGUCAAGAAGAUUCCAUAUUAGUUAGAAGGGCACAGUUUACUUUCUUCAACAAAACUGGACUUUUCCAGGAUGUAGGACCCCAAAGAAAAACCUUAGUGAGUUAUGUGAUGGCAUGCAGUAUUGGAAACAUUACUAUCCAGGAUCUGAAGGAUCCUGUUCAAAUUAAAAUCAAACAUACAAGAACUCAGGAAGUGCAUCAUCCCAUCUGUGCCUUCUGGGAUCUGAACAAAAACAAAAGUUUUGGAGGCUGGAACACGUCCGGAUGUAUUGCACACAGAGAUUCAGAUGCAAGUGAGACUAUCUGUCUGUGUAACCACUUCACACACUUUGGAGUUCUGAUGGACCUUCCAAGGAGUGCCUCACAAAUAGAUGCAAGAAACACAAAAGUCCUCACUUUCAUCACCUAUAUUGGGUGUGGAAUAUCUGCUAUUUUUUCGGCAGCAACUCUCCUGACAUAUGUUGCUUUUGAGAAAUUGCGAAGGGAUUAUCCCUCCAAAAUCUUGAUGAACCUCAGUACAGCCCUGCUCUUCCUGAAUCUCAUCUUCCUCCUGGACGGCUGGAUCACCUCCUUUGAUGUGGAUGGGCUUUGUACUGCCGUGGCUGCCCUACUGCACUUCUUCCUUCUGGCAACUUUUACCUGGAUGGGACUAGAAGCCAUUCACAUGUACAUUGCCCUGGUGAAAGUGUUUAACACUUACAUUCGCCGGUAUAUUCUAAAAUUUUGCAUCAUUGGCUGGGGUUUGCCUGCCCUAGUGGUAUCCAUUGUUCUAGCUAGCAGAAACCAAAAUGAAGUCUACGGAAAAGAAAGUUAUGGAAAAGAACAAGGUGAUGAAUUCUGUUGGAUUCAAGAUCCAGUCAUAUUUUAUGUGACCUGCACUGGGUACUUUGGAGUCAUGUUUUUACUGAAUGUUGCCAUGUUCAUUGUGGUAAUGGUGCAAAUCUGCGGGAGGAAUGGCAAGAGAAGCAGCCGGACCCUGAGAGAAGAGGUUUUAAGAAACCUGCGCAGUGUGGUUAGCCUGACAUUCCUGCUGGGCAUGACAUGGGGUUUUGCCUUCUUUGCCUGGGGACCCUUAAAUAUUGCUUUCAUGUACCUCUUCUCCAUCUUCAAUUCAUUACAAGGCUUAUUUAUAUUUAUCUUCCACUGUGCAAUGAAGGAGAAUGUUCAGAAACAGUGGAGACGACAUCUCUGCUGUGGCAGAUUUCGGUUGGCAGACAACUCAGAUUGGAGUAAAACAGCUACCAAUAUCAUCAAGAAAAGUUCUGAUAAUCUAGGAAAAUCUUUAUCUUCAAGCUCCAUUGGUUCCAACUCAACGUAUCUUACAUCCAAAUCUAAAUCCAGCUCUACCACCUAUUUCAAAAGGAAUAGCCACUCCGACAAUGCCUCCAUGGACAAGUCUUUGUCAAAACUGACCCAUGCUGAUGGAGAACCAACAUCAAUCAUCCCUGUCCAUCAAGUCAUUGAUAAGGUCAAGGGUUAUUGCAAUUCUCAUUCAGAUAACUUCUAUAAAAAUAUUAUCAUGUCAGAUACCUUCAGCCACAGCACAAAGUUUUAAUGUCUCUAAUAUAGAAAAAGAAUGCAGUCUACAGAAACAUGAAAAUCUGCAAGCAGUGAGAACUACAAGUAGCAGAUAUAAAUGUGCUAUUACCUAGGUAACUGCAUAUAUAUAAAAAUGUAUUUUGUUUAGAAGACUUUUGUGAAAUUUAGAAUUUAUCUUUUCAGUAUAUUUCUUCCAUAGAGGAGCUUCCAUCAUCAGUAAAACUUCAGUACUGAAAGCAGUAUGACUCAGUAGCCUUUUGAGGUACAGUAUUUUAAGUACAGAAUUGUAUCAGACUAAUCAUAAUUCAGAGGAGACACUGAAUUUGGAGGAUAGAGGAGAAGCAGAGCUAAGGACAAACUCUAGUUUAGAACUUAUUUGUACCCUACUUCAUAGAUAUGUCUGGAUGUGGCCUUUUCCUGUAUCAUCUUUCUCAACAGUGAAAAACAAAUAUUUGCAACUAUUUGGAUGCCCACAAGUCCAUCCUAGUGCUUUUUUUUCCAUGAAUAUAGUAGUAUUUUCUCUUUUGCAAUGAAAUUUAAACAUAGGUAGAAAAAAUAUUUAAUGUUUGAUCCAAAGAUUUAAAAGGAUUUUUUCAUAUUAUAUCAAAUGUUUUAACUUCAUAACUAUUAACAUGCUUUGGAAAAAAAUGUUUUUCCAAAAUCAAGAUUUUGAACAAUAUGAAGCUAUGAAAAUUUCUAAUAUUUCCCUUAUCAUAUUCAAGACACAAGGCUCCAGUAUCAUUAUUUGUUAUCAUUUAAUCCCAUAGAUUGAAUCUCUUAUAGUAUUGAUAGUCCAUUAAUAUAGGGCUCCAAAGAGUAAUUUAAGAAUUAAUCUGCUGUACCUAUCCUUUUCCUCCUGUGCUGUAUACUGAGCCCACGGGAUUAAGGGAGUAAGGAGAAUUUCCAUUCAACAUCUCUGCACAAGAAACAGCCUUUCCCUCCCAGGAGAUACACUGUUGAGUCUCCAUGGUCCUGUCCUUUCUCCAAAGACUUUAAGACAUUUCCAGUUGCACAAAUGAAAGUUUCUAACUUCUCCUACUGAAAUUUUGUUCCAGGGAAUAUAGCCUGAGACACAUGGGUGACUCAUAAGAAUUGAAAUAAUUUAUAAACAUAUGGGUCUACAAUUGCUGGCCAAAAAAAUAUUUGUACUGAGCCCUCCAAUUAUAAUAUAUAAGAGCCUGAGAAGGUUUGGCAAGAUAGAUUUAUGGGUCAGUCUGCUGCCUAAAAAUCAGGAAUGAUAUGAAGCAGCUAAUCCAAUUUACAAACUAUCCUGAGUACUGCAUGCUUGCUAGUGAAUAUGUAGGAGACCACAUUUUAAUUGCUCUUAGAGUUGUAUGUGGUUCCUUAGAAAUUUGGCCUCAGUGCCUGCCGUUUCUUACAUUUGCUCUGGGUUAUCUGGGAGAUGGCAGGGCUUGGGAAGUGGCAGCAUAAAAGAUGAGCAAAGGAGGCAUUGACAGAACCAGACUGCUUAAAGGUAGAGAUCAGAGAUGAACUAAGCACCCGGAGUCCUUGCAGAAAGCAGGUAGUUCCCAGUAGAAGACACAGGCUGUGCAGCAACUGUGGGAACCUCUCACCUUUUCUGAUCUUCAGUCAUGAAGCUGUCAUUCAGGCUCAGACAGAUGAUGAGAUAAUGUGGUGGUGGAUUUUCUGCUAUUCCGUUUUUCAGGAGCCUGGAGCACCAUCAGGGAGACGAACACUGCCAAGCUCUCUUUCACAGGGAAGGGUAUUUAGGAGAAAAGGAUAGUAAAUGUUAACAUUAUCAAGAUUCACUACAAUACAGCUGUUCCAUAGGCUGGUUAUUAAUAGGCUGCUUACUGUAGCAGAGGUUACAUAUGGAUGAAAAUUAAUCAAAUACUGAAUAUUCAUAUAGUGCCUCCCCCAAACCUUAGAUAUUCAUUGUCUACUUAGCUUUCUACUGUGAGAUUUCUGCCCAACUUGCUUAUUUAGUUAAUAGUAAAAGAUGGCUUCAAAAACAGCCUUGCUUUUGGUUUCUACUCAUAUUCAUCCACAAUAGGAAAACAUUUUCUUUUUCAUUUGACAGCAAUAUCAGCUGCACUUUAGAAAUUUUGGAUAACCAGAUGAGGAAAAAUGGAGGAAUGACUGAACUGAACUAUUUGACUGGAUUUAAAAUUCUAAGGCAAAUUCUAUUCUCAGUUGUAAACAUGCAGUUCUCACCUGUAUAUAAUACCUUCAAAGGAGAGGGGUAGGAAUUUAGCUGCGGAGCCAAAAUUUAGUUUAGCUGACCUUUAAGAACAAUAUCAGCUCAGACUCUGUUUCUUCCCCAUAUUUUUAAACUCUGUUGUGUUAGCAUCUGACGCUAGGAUCCUGAGAUAGUUUCCAUUCAUGUCACCAUUGUUGCAUUGUAUAGAUUUUCUUUAUUGUUGGCAUAGACUCUUUUGUAUAUAUUUAUUUAUUUGUGUUUAUAAAUGUCAAUUUGUUUUAUAUCUUAGCUUUAUAUUGCCUAGCUUUGUUGCUUCAAUUAACUUUCUAUCAGAGAGAUUGUAUAUAUUUUCCUAAAAAAUUGUGAAAUAGUUUUCUGUAUCACUAUCUUUGAAUAUGAUGGGUAACAGUGAUUGUGAGUGAAAAUUCCAAAUAGUAGUAAGAAGCUACUCUAGCUGAUUUGCCAGUUUACUUAAAUGGAAAAUGUUUUUCAAAUAAAUACUUAUGGUAUUCGUGUUCUGAA